GAGACCCAUUCCCCAUCCCCCACACAAAAGGUGGUGGGAAAAAAGCUCUUUUUGUACACACUGCGAUGAUGGCGAUGAUGAUGCCUGCAAUCUCCAACAGAACCAGCAACACCAACAUCAACAUCUCCAACGCCAAAAAUUCCCUAAAAUUCUCUUCUCUUUCUCUCCUUUUCUCAACUCUCCCUCUCUUUUCUCUUCUUCUUUAUCUUCCUCAUCACUCUCACUCUCAUAGCUAUGGUUAAUCUUAAUCAUCUCGACAACUUCUCUUCUUUUUCCUUUCCAUUGCGUUUGUUAUGAAAAACCUUGGACCUUCUUAGAGAGAGUAAGAGAGAGAAACGGAGAGUUAUGGGGACCAACUGCGGUUGCUGGGCUGUCCUUAAACGCGGCGUUUCAGGCGCCUGCAAGUCCUCUUCUUCCAAAGACUCUCCCAACACUAUUCCUCGUACUAGUCUUGUUUAUGACGCAGCCACUGAGACACGUUAUUUAAACGCAAGCAACAGAGAAUUGUGUCCUCCUAAUGAAGUUCAUCUCUCUUCUGAUCACAAUCUGAACCAGCCUCCUUCAUCAGAUGACAACAAAUCAGCUAAUAACAAUUGCCAGUUGCUCCAAUUCUCCUUCCAAGAGCUAAAAUCGGCGACGGGGAACUUCCGACCGGACAGCAUUCUCGGGGAAGGCGGGUUCGGAUACGUCUUCAAAGGAUGGAUAGAGGAGAACGGGACGGCACCAGCGAAACCCGGGUCGGGAAUUACGGUUGCUGUUAAGAGCUUGAAGCCAGAUGGUCUACAAGGUCACAGAGAAUGGGUGGCUGAAGUUGACUUUCUUGGACAGCUUCACCAUCCUAAUUUGGUCAAGCUUAUUGGUUAUUGCAUUGAAGAUGAUCAACGCUUGCUUGUUUAUGAAUUUAUGACUCGUGGGAGUCUUGAAAAUCAUCUUUUUAGAAGGAAUAUACCACUUCCAUGGUCCAACAGGAUUAAAAUUGCACUUGGAGCGGCAAAAGGAUUGGCCUUCCUCCACAAUGGCCCAGAACCAGUCAUUUACAGAGAUUUCAAGACAUCCAACAUCUUGCUGGAUUCAGAAUACAAUGCAAAGCUUUCAGAUUUUGGUUUGGCAAAAGCCGGGCCUCAAGGAGACAAGACACAUGUCUCUACCAGAGUGGUUGGGACAUACGGCUAUGCUGCUCCAGAAUAUGUAAUGACAGGACACUUGACAUCCAAAAGUGAUGUUUAUAGCUUUGGAGUGGUUCUACUAGAGAUCUUAACAGGAAGAAGAUCGAUGGACAAGAAGCGGCCUAGUGGAGAACAGAACUUGGUGGCAUGGGCUCGGCCAUACUUGGCUGAAAAGAGAAAGCUUUACCAACUAGUGGAUCCUAGAUUGGAACUGAAUUACUCCCUUAAAGGGGUGCAAAAAGUCUCUCAAUUGGCUUACAACUGCCUCAGUAGGGACCCGAAAUCGCGUCCCACCAUGGACGAAGUUGUGAAGGUUCUCACUCCAUUGCAAGACCUCAAUGACCUUGCAAUCUUAACGUACCAUUCUCGCUUGUCCCAACAAGGCAGACGCAAGAAGAAAUCGGAUGGAGCUCAACAGAUCACGUACACACAAUCCAAAAGCAUGAGAGAUUCUCCAUUAAAUACUGGGAAGCAGCGAAAUAGAUGAUGAGAAAGGGCAGUGAAAAAGAAACACACAUUAACGCUGGGAAUUGUGGAUGACACCUUUUGUUGACUCGGUUGUGUGAAGAUAUUAUUUCAAGCUUAUAUAAUUUAUGGGGUGUUUUGAAAUUUGCCUGAGCUGGGGGACAAAUGGAGAAAAAAAAAAAGGAAGAUUCAUUUUCCUUUUGUUUUUCUUUAGACCAUUUUACAUUUAGAGAUCUAACCAUCAAUUGGAACCUUGCUCACGAUUUGCUUGUGUUGUAAUUGAGCUAUAUCUCUUGUAAUUAGAUAAAACCUCUCUCAUUUUUAUA